AUGGUUCAGCCUGCCGAGGGUGUAGGGGAAGGAGCUAGAAACUUUAACAGCAAUGGGACUUUUGAGAGCUCUCUGUUUUUUGACUCAGAAGGGCCUGUGGAAGAAGCUCUGGAUCUCUCCCUUUAUGGCUGCGAAACCAGACAUAUAGAGAUGGACUCUUCCUUCUGGGAUGACUUUGGUCCUACAAUACAGAACAGGGCCAUGGAACAGAUCCUUACACCAAUGGUUGUCCAGCUGUGUCAUCUGCUGAUCUCGGUGGAGAGGAGAGAUGUACAGAAUAAAGGACUUGCCCCCCUGCAGAAGGUGGCGGGGCAACUGGCCAACGCUAGUGAGGAGCUUGUGCGAGUUGCCAUCAGGCUGGCAGAAGACUCUAAGGAGGAGUGGCUUAGGGAGGAAAUGAAGCCAGUGGCUGAGUCUCUGACCCUCUCUGGGAAGAACAUCCUGCUGGUAACAGAGAAGCUUCACCUGCAGCCGGAGCAUCAGGGCCGUUGGGAGGAGCUAGUAGCCACGGUUCAGCAGAUCCUGGUGGACACUAGGAAGGUCUUGCUCCUUGAUGAUGCUGCAGCAGUGAGGAGGACCGUGCUAGCGGCCAGUUGGUGUCUGACAUGCCUGGAGGCGCUGGAGGCGGCGAAGGACUCCACCUCGCUGCGCACCUCGCUUGCUGAUCUGGCGGCUGCGUUGCUCCGACUGGGCGGCCUGACCGCGCGCUGGGCCCGGGACGAGCGUCUGGGUCGAGCUCGCCACAGCUUAGGAUGCUGCGUCCCCGCGCUGCUCGCGGCCGCCCGUGGUCACCUCCGGCAUCCCCGCGACCAGCAGCUGGUGGCCUCGCGGCGCCGCGUCUUCGCUCUGGCCAGGCAGAGCCUCGGAGAGCUCCUGGAUGCCCUGCAGCCCGGCGUCGCAGGGACCAGCACGCUCUCUCAGAAUGGCGCAUUGGCGCGUCGUCUGUGCAAGCUGCGACAGAUCCUGGAGGAGCCCGGGCCUAGUCACCUGCGCAGUGAGCUACUGGAUGCACCACUGGCCGCCGUGGUGUGGCACUGUCUGCGCCUAGCCGCCUGCUCCGCGCCACGGGAGAGGAUGCACCUGGUGUCCCGCUGUUGGCGGCUGCUGCAGCUCCGACCCGGGGUGCACCGGCUUCCUCGGACCAGCCCAGACACCAACCGCGAAGCUCUGCGGGCCGCGACAGACGCGCUCUUUCGGGGAGUCCGUGCUGGCUUACUGCGCCAGAUUCUGGACACGUUCACAGAUACCCAAAGUCCUCUAGAGAGGCUGGUCCAGGCCGCCUUGGCGACUUCCACUAUCAGGUCCCGCUGUGAUAGCGAAGCCUCGGCAGAGACUCUCCAGCUUCUCUAUGCUUUCCGCAACCAAGCCAAGCAGAUGAUCCGGGUGGCGCACUUGGUUUGGGUCUGCUGCCCACAACAGCAAACUGGCAGAGACCUGGAGGCUGCCGUGGUAGGUCUUCAGAAGCUUGUGACCAAAGCGAACGAACUCUUUUCACAAAGUCCCCAAACGCUUGGCCUGCACUGGAGUCCUGCCAUCCUGCAGACCCUGCUUGAGGCCUGGGCCAGGGAAUCCGAACACCUCCUGGCAUGCUUUGAUGUCGUUCUCAACAUCCCAGAAUUCCUGAGUUUGUCCAUCCAGGAUAUGACUAAACAUUUGGACUUAUACACAAGGGCUCUGAGGAGCGGAGCGUCCAGGGAGUUUUCCAGAUCUGUGGCAUUCUUGCGCGGAAGAGCCGCCCACAUAGUGCAGGUGAUGAGCAGAUAUGUGGGUCAAGACCCCGAUCCUAUUUUCCGGAAUGGGAUGAGAGUUGUGGUUCAGCAGCUGGCACAGUCUUCCGUGACCCUAGGUGCAGCCACUGAAGGCACCAGAGGUGGGGAGAGCACUCAGAACACAGAUGUCAUCUUAACCAUGGCAAAGCACCUCAUCUACUCAGCCCAGCAAGUCCACGAGGGCCUGGAUGGGACCAGCCAUCCAGAUAUCCUCAGUCCACUUCGAGUCCAAGCCCAAAGGUUUGACAUGGCCAAGGGAUGGUCUUAUUUUAUUCUCCCCAGCCCCCAGCAUCCCACAGCUUCUGAAAUGAAAUACCGGCAGGUACCUGGGACAGGGGGAAAUGGCCCAAACACCUCUUUCCUACCAGUAGAACAACUUUCCUACACAGUACUCCCUGGCACCUGCAUACAUGGGUGGGGAUCUCCACUCCCUGAGGUCAGCAAAGGCAUCAGUGCUGUGAAGAGUGAGGAUCACCAGGUAGUGACCUUACUGUGCACCAACAGGCCAGAGCAGGAUUCUACAGUCCGAGAGACCAGAGCUCAGGAAGAAACCCUGGGGUCAGAGAAGAUGACAAGACUACAAGAAUUCUCAACACUGGCACCUUCGGUUAUUGAUCUAGCCAAGGAGGAUGCCCAUCACGCAAAUACUAGAAGUGACAGGCUUCUGGGAGUAGCUUUUCAGCAAUCCGAGAGGACCAGGGAAGACAGGCAGGGUUUGGUAGCCAGGGCUGGUGACUGGUACCCUCUGUGUCAACAGCUAUUUAGCCAUAACCUAGUGACUGAAUUGCCGGGGAGCAUGGCAGCAUUUGUGGAGCUUCAGCAGGAUUUGGCUUUGAUGAUUCAAGUAGCAGCCAAAAGUGGCCCUGUGAAUUUGGAUAAAAAGAGCUCUGACCUAAUAGGACGCCCAGAACUGCUUUUAGAGCUACAAGACAGAUCAGAAAAGACAAAGAUGUGUGCUAAACAGCUGUUGGACCAAGUUCUGUCCUCUGACCGACUCCAAGAGACCACACUGAGGGAAGAGAGCAUUGACAAUGCGUGUCUUCUAUGGGCAGUAGCUGUCCAAGACCUGAUGCAGUGUAUGGACAGACUCAGCAGGAGACAAGGCCUGUUCCUACUGCCCCUGCGACAGGCCGUGAAGAAUCAGCAAGGGUUGCAGGAAGGGUUAGGUCAGGCAGCAGAGAUUUCCCAGCGGUUACAAGAGGCCGCCAAGCUGUCUAGUGUUCUAUGUGGGGAUGCACGGGUAAAGGCCGAGAUCUCCUUUCUGUGUGGGGAAGUUCAUGUACUCACAGAUGCCUUGCUGGAGGUGGCACACAUCUUGGUCUCCUCCCCCAAACCAUGUCCCAGCCUCUCUACACGUUUUGAACUUCUCUGCUUGGAACUCAGCCUUCGAGCCAAAACCCUGACUGACUACCUGACCAGCAUCAACACAGCCUAUGAGCGUAUUUUCCAAGAUGCUGUCGGCAAGAGCUCCCAGACCAGGAUAGAAGGCAUGUUGUCUGCUAUCCGAGCUGUGCAGGGAAUCAUAGCAGGAGGUCAAGAGUCUGAACCCUUCCAGGAAGACCUUCUUGUGUCUCUAGAGAGCAUUCUCAUGCUCACUAAGGAAGUGGCCAAGAAGGUCCCUGUGCUCCAAGAAGAGCAGAGGGUGUAUAAGCUGGACUGGCUUCGGUGGGAAUGGGCAGCUAAAGUCCACCAUGCAAUGACUCAGCUCCAGGCCUUGGAGGGUGGUCAAGCAGAGGCCUGUAGACUCCUGGCCCAAUGCUUGAAACCCAGGGAGGAGCAAGCAAUGGCCUUAGAAGAGGAUCCUGUCCAGUUCCAGCCCCACUAUAGAGAGGGUGCAGCAGGAACCACUUCUAGAGGCAGUGUGGAUUCUCAGGGUGCUGUUCCCAAAGGUGCCCCAGAAAGCUCAGUGGGGACCUGUGCUGAUAAGCUAGCCACCAUCAGGACCACCACAGCAGACAUGAACAUGAACCAGAGUGGCAGCCUAUCUCUGCCUCCUGCUCAGAUGGACCAGACUGUUUCAGAGGACAGCGGUGCAGACAGUCAGAACAGAAUAGCCCAGAUCACACAAGAGAUGGCCACCGAGGUGCUCCUGAUGGCUCAGAGCUUGAGGAAGAGAGGGCGAAUCCUGACCAAAGAUCAGCUCAUUGCUUCUGCCAGGAAAGUCUCAGCUUCUGGGAAAAACUUCACCAGACUCAUUCGCAUCAUUGCUAAGAACUGCAUAGACCAGAGAUGCUCCCAGGAGCUUCUGUGCUUGGUGGAGCAGAUUCAAACCAUGAGCAGGCAGCUCAGCAUCAUCUCCAGUGUAAAGGCCUCCCUUACAAGAAGCAAGUCCUCUGAAGAGCUCCUUAUAGACAAUGCACAGCGGCUCCUCCAGGCUGUCUCCCAGACGGUGAGGGCUGUGGAAGCUGCCUGUCUUCGGGGUUUGAGAUGGCCUUCCUCAGAUCCAGAGGAAUUGGAGGUUGCUGCCUUCUGCAUACAGUGGAAGAGGAAACUACUACGACACCGACUUCAAGAAGCCUCAAACGAAGACUGUGAUGAGCUGGGUUUACGAAAAACAAGCACAAGGAAACUCCCAGCCUUGGUGGCCCUGGUCCAAGACACAUUGUAA